AUGAUUCGUAGCGCCUCCAGUGCACUACGAGGGAUCCGGUCCCCUGGACCUCGAAAUGUGCGCAGAUUCAUAGGCAUAAGCGGAAUAUCUCCUUACAGGGCCUCAAAAAUCACGAAAAUGUCUCCUUUGGCAAUCAUGGUGCCACGGCGUAAUUUGGGUUUCAUCAAAAUUUUGGCCAAAGCUACCAGAGUUCCCGCUUAUAUUGGAGGAACCAUGGCGGCGGGAGGCACCUAUGUUGCCUAUAAGGUCGAACAGGCCUCCACUUACACACAGGAUAAAUUAUCUGCCAUCAAAGAUUUUUCGAGUGGCGUGUUUGACAAAACCAGCGAAUUUUUCAGCGGGUGGGGAUCCAAUGGUGGAAGCGGCCUGACCACCGAUCCUUCAGGACCGUCGGGCGAAGAUACCGCUACGGUUAUGGGAGCAACAGCGGCCGCGGUGGGACUUUCGGCUGAGGAUGAUGACGGGAACGAUGACGAAAAUGACGACGAAGACGAGGAAACUCUUGUUGAAGAUGACGACGACGAAGAUGUGGAGGCAGACAGAGCCCAGACCGACGAGGGCAUGCUUACUCUUACUCGGCAAAUGAUAGAAAUCCGUAAUUUGCUUGCUUCCAUCGACCACUCCGAUGCUCUUCGUCUUCCUCAGAUUGUGGUGAUUGGGUCGCAAUCGAGCGGAAAAUCGUCAGUGUUGGAAGCGAUUGUGGGUCACGAGUUUUUGCCCAAGGGCUCGAACAUGGUGACUAGGAGACCCAUCGAGUUAACGUUGAUCAACACGCCAGAUGCUGCUGCGGAAACCGCCGAUUUUCCUGCUCUCAAAAUGCACAACAUGCUGGAUUUUGACCAGGUGCAAAAGGUGUUGGUCGACUUGAAUUUGGCGGUUCCACUUACAGAAUGCAUUUCGCCAGACCCUAUCCAAAUCACUAUUCGAUCACCACGGGUUCCCGACUUGUCGCUCGUCGAUCUUCCCGGAUACAUCCAGGUCGAAGCGGCUGACCAACCCGCCGAGCUCAAAUCGAAAAUCCGUAGCGUUUGCGACCGAUAUCUUACUGCCCCAAAUAUCAUUCUUGCAAUUCAAGCCGCCAACGUCGAUCUUGCCAAUUCCACUGCUUUGCGUGCAGCCAAGAUGGCAGAUCCACGAGGCGAGCGCACCAUCGGAGUGGUCACAAAGCUCGACUUAGUUGAGCCCGACGUGGCUCGUCUGAUUCUUGUCAACAAGAAAUAUCCCUUAAGAAUGGGAUAUGUAGGAGUGAUCACCAGACCGCCCGAUACUGCAACUCUGAGUCGUGGAGGCUUGUUCCUGAGAAAGGCAAUCACUGGGUACCAGGCUUUCGUUGCUCAGCAAAACUUUGAGCACGGAUACUUCAAGGACCACAAGGAUGAAUUCUACGGAACCGUGACUCUGACCAGACAAUUGAAAAAGAAGUUGAUCAAAGUAUUAGAACGCAGCAUGGCGGCGGCACUCAAACCCACACACCUUGCCAUUCAGCAGGAACUCGAAGAAACCUCGUACCAGUUCAAAGUGGAGUUCAAUGACCGGCCAUUGACACCUCAAAUGUACUUGGCGAACAACAUCGAUAUGUUGAAACUUGCUACCAAGGAAUUGGCACAUCGCUUUUCACGGAGAGAGUUGCGCAGCUUACUCCAAAAUGAAAUCGACCAAAAGGUUUUGGAUCUUUUGGCAGAGCGCUACUGGAACCAGCCAUGGUCAGACACCGCUAUUCAUUCGAGGACCGAGCCACCUCUCAAGGAGCUCUCUCAACUCUCAAACCUCGACGACGACGUUUACUGGCACAAGAAACUCGACCUAGCCACCAGCUCACUAACCAAAUUGGGCAUUGGUCGGUUUUCUACUACUCUAGUAACCACUGCAAUUUUGACGGAAAUAGGCAACCUUGUUGAUGGCACUCAAUUGCGGAACCAUCCUUUGGCACGCAAGGCCGUAAUAGAUGCGGCAGAAUCUGUUCUUCUGGCAAAAUACUAUUCGACUGCCGACCAGGUGGAAAAUUGUAUCAAGCCGUUCAAGUACGAGAUUGAAACCGAAGACCGUGAAUGGUUGAGCAGCAAGGAGAACGCGGUGCGGUUGUUGAAGGAGGAAAUGAGACAAUGUGACGAACUAUUUAAUGAACUCAAACGUGAAGUUGGCGGCCGAAAGUUACUGCAGGUUAUGACAUAUCUAACCAAAUGGCAAGAGCUGUCCGGUGAGGUGAACCUGAACGAAGCGCUUGGCUUUUCGGGACAGUUGAUCCAGAAGGGCCGCGAAGCACUCUUUUUGAAGGACCGUCUUUCGCUUUUACAGAUGAGACAUCUGUUUGUCAAAAGCAGCAAAAAGUGCCGGUCCAAGGAAAACAAGUACCAGUGUCCCGAGAUCUUUUUGGAUGCUGUGCUGAACAAGUUAUCAUCCACUGCCAUCUUGUUCUUGAAUGUGGAGCUUUUGAGUGAUUUCUACUAUAAAUUUCCUCGUGAAUUGGAUAGACGGUUUUUCGGCACCAUGACACCAGAGGAAAUGGAGGAGCUUGCUAAAGAGGAUCCAAAGGUCAAGAAACACAUUGAGUUGGGUGAACGCAAAGAUCGGUUGGAGACGGCGUUGUCAAAGAUGGAGAGUGUGAUGAGACAGAGAGUGAGCAAUAGCGUGUAA